GUUGGAUAAUCCUUAUCUCCUCUUAUGUCGACGCAAUCAUGUGUCCUUGAAGUACCGUGUCCUUAAAUGUAAUAUGAAUUUGUGUCCAUAUUGUUGUCUCGCAUCAGUGCAUACGAUAUGCAGCGUGAUGAUGUUUGACCGAGUGAGCGUGACCGUCGCCACCGUAACCGCAUCAGCACGUCUUCAGGGAUCCUUCUGUGUUCCUUUCGCGACCGACACUUGAGUCCUGCAGACCGUCUUAAGGGAGGAACUGGAAGCACCGGGUCGCCUCUACAAGGGAGGGAAUGUUGCUGGAGUCGCGUACCUUGGCCGGCUGCAGGAAGAGACACGGACUGACGGUGCGGACUGAGACCCGGGGCGGUGGCGCUGCAGAAGAGGAAUCCUCCUGCUCGCGCCUCCUCGGUAAAAUGCAGAGCGAGCCUACGACUACCACGGUUAAUUCUGCUGGAAUACCGCGGUGCAACCGGGACGACGGCGACGAGAGCUCGAGCCCUUCGCCCAACAGCAGCAUACCUGGGCUGCUCAACAACCUCAGUAACAAUUGCAAUUCCAAUCGGCCAUGCGCCACGGACUUCAGCAUAGCGGCCAUCAUGGCACGGAGAGAUUCACGCAACCAGCAACAGCAUCAUCACAAUCGGAACUCGCAGCAACAAGCCGUCGGCGGAGGAAAACUCCAUCAGCACGAAAGGGAACCGGGUGGCUCAGGCGUUUCGAGGGGAAAACCGCCCCCUUUGGAUAAUGUUGACACGGAGGAAGAACCGGAAAACGAUGACGCCGGAAGCACGAGUGGCAAGGCUGCGUCUCCCGCAAAUCCUCUGCUCCAGGAGCGGUCGAAUUGUGAAGAACUCAGGCACGUCGUCUGCCAUUUGGAGACGAAGGAGCUCUGGGACAAGUUCAACAAGCUGGGCACAGAGAUGAUAAUCACUAAAACGGGACGGCGAAUGUUCCCGACUUGUCGGGUGUCUUUUAGUGGCCUAAGGGCGGAGGGUCGCUAUGCAGUACUGAUGGACAUCGUCCCCGUGGAUAACAAGAGGUAUCGAUACGCCUAUCACAGGAGUUCCUGGCUUGUAGCUGGCAAAGCUGAUCCACCCGCGCCUGCCCGUCUCUACCUUCACCCCGACUCUCCCUUUACCGGGGAACAGCUGCGCAAGCAGGUCGUCUCCUUCGAGAAGGUCAAGCUCACCAACAACGAUUUGGAUAAGCUUGGACACCUUGUGCUUAAUUCGAUGCACAAAUAUCAGCCUCGGAUUCACCUUGUGAUACGUCCCGACUCCGGUGCUGGAGGACCAAUUUUGGAUCUUGAGCAGGAACCGUACAAAACGUUCGUCUUCCCGGAGGCCAUUUUUACAGCCGUAACCGCCUACCAAAAUCAACUCAUUACGAAACUGAAGAUUGACAGCAAUCCCUUUGCCAAAGGUUUCAGAGAUUCUUCUCGACUAACUGAAUUCGAGAGAGAGACGAUGGAGUCGAUGCUGGCGGAGCAGCAGUACCUGCGAUCGCCGCUGCGGCUGUCCUACGAAAUGGAGCAGCUCCAAGCGGCAGGAACCACAAGCAACCUUAGUCUCGAGGAGAAGGCCCUCCUGGCAGCUCGAUCUCAGCUCUUCCUGCGGGCGGCAGCAGCCGCGGCGGUUGGGCCUUACACACCCCUGGUGAACCCGGCGUUGAUGUACUCUGGUGUCGCCGCGGCAGCUUCCUCGAGUCACCACCAGCAGCAGCAGCACCAGCAACAACAGCAACAACAGCAGCAACAACUCUGGUGGGCCUCAUCGAUCGGGCCCACUCUCUUCGCGGCGGCGCAUCAUCACCACCAGCAACAGAUCGCGGCCUCGAACGCGCAGCAACAGGCCGUAACUGGACCAGCAGCGCCCCGCCCACUUUACCCUUCCGCCCUGGCCUUGGCCCAUCACCGUUUCUCUCCGUAUCACACGGCUAACCCUGUCUCAGCAGUCACUUCCUCCGCACCCUCACCCUCGCCCUCCAGGAGGGCUACACCCUCACCGACCGACAGUCUUUGUUGCGAGGCCCAGGACCUCUCGCCCUCCUAGUCCCCCGCCUUUCUUCCUCUGCGUAAAUGUCAUCAGUAUUUUCAACCCCCUCGAUCACAAAGCUCAGGCUCUUCCUCACCGACCGCUCUGACCCACUUCUGAUCCUC